CGAUCCUUUAGAACAUUAGAAAAAUUAUUUUAUAUAGUUUAUUUAAUCAUAUAAUUUAUUUUAAAAUGUAUUCUAUUACAAACCGUAGUGUCAAAAUAUUUGGCACAAAUAUCUUUGCUUUAAGAAGAUAUACUGACAAUGCCAAUGUAGCAACCCUUAAAGGUGGUGAAAAUAUUUUACACCUAUCAUUAUCAAAAAAAUUUCCCCAAGCCAAAGAAAUUAAAAUUAAGGAUAUCUCAGGAGGUUGUGGUGCUAUAUUUGAAGUUUUUAUUUCAUCAACAGAAUUCAAAGGAAUGAGUAUAGUAAAACAACAUCAACUUAUUAAUGAAGUUUUAAAAAAUGAAAUUAAGUCAAUGCAUGGAAUACGAAUACAUACAGAAAUUCCUGUUGAAAAUAAAGAGUAAGAAUUCCUUUGGAUUUAAAAUGAAUAAAAAUAGUUGAAAUUUAGAAUACUAUUUUGAUAUUGUGUACAUUUGUUUUUAC